AUGAACCAAAAACCACCGUUUCUAAUACCCCAUCGAAGAUCUGCACAGGUGGACAAAAAUCAUGCUGACGCUGAGCGGAAAAAUAUUAGUAAUAGUAUUAAUAAUGAUGAGACUAGCAGAUCGAUUCCCGAAAAGAAAACCAAUAACAAUAUUAGACAGUUAACAUUUACAUCAGCAACAGAAGACCAUUUGUUGAAAAGCAUACAGAAUAACGCAAAAAAUUAUGUUGGUGGUGGUACCGGUGGCGCUGCAUCUUCUAAAUUAAGCAACAUGAAUUAUAACAAUGGACACAACAGAAACGUUAAUCGCAGCGCUACUAGUCACAAUAUCACUACGAACAAUAAUAAUGUAGAUCCAUUUGAAGACAAACAUGCACUCGAUCCAUUUGCAGAUGAAAAUGGUAACGAUAAUAAUGAAGUGUCGUCACCCUUUUUCUCAGCUAUAGUUAAUGAAGAACCAGAAGUAUUACAUGAUUAUGACAGGAAUAAUUCUGCGUUAGCUUCCAAAAAUGAACUAUCUUCAAAGCCUAAACAGAUUACAAAGCCAAAAAAUGCAGUGUCAAUUUCUAUAUCUCCGCCACUUCCUACAAGGCCAAAUCAACAGCCUUUUCGCUCACCAUUUGAUGACACGGAUAAAUCAGUUAAGAUUCAUGAUUCUUCUAAUUCCAAUCCUCCCAAAAAACCAAUUCGGAGAACGGGUUUGAGAAAUGAUACAAUGCAAGAACAAAAUAUUGCAAAAGGAGUAGCAAAACCUGUUCUUCCACCACGUCGAACAACAAAAAUUCUCGGACAACCUGAAAAAUCCGAAGUAAAGAUAACAACUCGAUCACCACCACGAAGAUCAACUACUCCUAAUGUCAAACCUUCCACCUCUGAUCAACCACCUCCGCUUCCGGAUCGACCUGCCUUGCCACCAAAAAAUAUGAUUAUCGGUGAGCAUGGAGUGAAACGGCGUCCGUCUAGGCUUACUGUUCCAAAAAAAAAUCAAAACCAAGAUCAUUCUGGUUCAGAAUCUUCAUUCGAUUCUAGUGACGAACGAUCAAAAUGUAAUUCUUUUCCUAAUUCGUUGCAUGCGAAUCGUCGUGCGCCCUAUUUUGAAGGAUUAAAAAGAGAUAUUCAUCAUAAAAGCACAAUUCGGUCAUUCGGAGUUGCUGGUGAUUAUCUGGUGACCGCCUUAUCUAACACUCGAGUUUGGAGAUUACAAACUGCCGAGAACACGGCGACAAUUCCUCAUGGUGAUUCUAAAGUCACCUGUUUAUUAUUUCGACCUGCAAGUCGUAUAGAGGAUGUUGGGAGAUUCGUUUGGUGUGGAACUCAGGAUGGUGCUCUUAUUGCCAUCGAUAUCAAUACAGGAAAAAUCGUGGAAAUGGUCUCAAAAACACAUAAUCACGCGAUAUCUUUUAUUUUACGUUAUGAAUCGCAACUUUGGACAAUCGAUGAGAAUGGCAAACUAAACAAAUGGUCGUCCGAUAAUGGAGCUAUUUCUCUGAACUCAACUCCGAAACCACUACGCGUUGCAAGCAAACAAACAUGCGCACUAAUUGUUGGUCAUAAUUUAUGGAUGGCAGCAGGCAAAAGUGUAGAAGUAUUUAGUCCAGCCGAAGAACAAAAAGGAUCAACCAUCCCUCCUAAAAGAGACAUGGGACAUGAUAUCGGGAAUGUUACGUGUAUGGCUCAAACAAGUAACACGAAGAUCGUGUAUAUUGGGCACGAUAAUGGAAUGAUGACCGUUUGGGACACAGAUACGCUAAAUAAAUUAGUUACUGUGUCAGUCUCGAACUAUUGUAUCACAAGUUUGUUGGGUGUUGGAGAAUAUCUUUGGGCUGGUUUCAAAACAGGAAAAAUUUUUGUGUAUGACGCUAGAAAAGUGGAAGGAACUUGGACGGUGUUGAAGGAAUGGCAGGCCCACAAAACUACAGUCACUGGAUUGUUGGUGGAUGAUGAAGGUUUGUGGCGAGAUAAAAUUGGAAGAUUGCAAGUUGGUAGUAUAAGCGAGGAAGGGCACAUUUCAGUGUGGGACGGGUUGAUGCAGGAGGAUUGGCUUGCAAACAGGAUGAUCAAGUGCGAAGAAGAAUAUUGCGAGUACCGCAAGAUCAAAGUCCUAAUAUGUUCAUGGAACAUUGACGCAUCCAAGCCCGCAGAUCUAGAAGAAUCAGCUGAAGACGUAAAAUUCCUAAGACUUUGGUUUACGAGUAUCGAUGCACCAGAUUUGAUAGUCGUUGGGUUCCAAGAAAUUAUAGACUUGGAGUCUAAAAAGAUGACUGCUAAAACAAUGCUAAUGUCAAAAAAGAAGGCAGACAAAGCACUAGCCGAAAAUAUCACGCAACGAUAUCGUCUUUGGCACGAUAAAUUGGUAAAAGCGGUACGCGAACACGCUGGCAAUUAUAAAUUGGUUAAAUCGGAAAAUUUGGUGGGGUUAUUUACGGCCGUGUUUAUCAAGGAGAGUGAAUGGACUCGGCUAAAGAAUAUCGAUGUGAUGAAAUGUAAGACUGGCUUAGGCGGAUAUCACGGAAAUAAGGGCGCUAUCGCUACACGAUUUGUUUACGAUGAUUCGUCAAUCUGUUUUGUGAAUUGUCAUUUAGCUGCAGGGCAAACUCACACCCCACAAAGAAACACAGACACCGGCAAAAUCCUAGAUACAGCAGAGUUUCCACCACUACAUCACGAUGAAUAUAACCAAGUAUUUGUUAAUGGCGGUGACGGCUCAAAUAUCUUGGAUCACGAAAUAUGUUUCUUUAGUGGUGACCUAAACUAUCGAAUCGACUCACCGCGCGACAUGGUAAUCGCCAAAGUGCGCGAAGGAGAAUUUUCGUUUCUCCGCCAGAACGAUCAACUCAUAAGACAAAAACAAAACAAUCCAGGGUUCCGAUUGAAAUCGUUCACCGAAGGCGACUUGAACUUUGCACCCACAUAUAAAUAUAAUCCCGGUGAAGACACCUACGAUACCUCGGAAAAACAACGAAUACCCGCGUGGUGCGAUCGAAUACUCUGGCGCGGCGAUAAGAUAGAGCAAUUGAAUUACCAACGAUACGAGUGUAAAGUCUCAGAUCAUCGACCUAUUAGUGGUGGGUUUACUGUGACCACAAAGAUGAUCGAUCAGAACACAAGGGCCGAGAUUGAGGAAAGGGUGAAAGCAGAGUGGCAGGAAAAGUUGGAUGAAGAAAAGCGAAAACGAAAACUUUUGUGGUUGGCUAGAUGCGGGUGA